AUGGUCCGGGAAAGCCGGCGCCCCGACGCGACACCGACACGGCGGGCGUCGAGCGCGGAACCGCUGGCCUCGAUCGGCGGGCGGCGCUCGAUAAUGAUUGGUCAGAACACCGGGAAAGCCAAGCCCGCGGCGGGCCUGCCACGCCCGCCACCACAGGGUCUCUCAGCAUCUGGCCGGAAGAUAGCACCCCCAACACCACACGCGCGCGCUGCCUUCCGGACCAUCGACUCGCGGCGGGCGGCCAUCUUCACGCCGCACCGCACCCGCCGCAAGAGCGUGCGCGAGGUCCGCGACUCGCCCCGCGACUUCUUGCUGUCGCUCGGCCGGGUGCUGGCAAGGACUACCGAGGUGAUCACGACAUCUUCGUCGCCCAGCGAGGAGGACAGGGGGCCUAGCUCGGAUGCGGGGAAUGACACGACACUCGGGUCAAUUAGUGGCGUGGACUACGACGACGAUGACGAGGAGCUUCCGAAGCGUCCGCGGCUCUCGCUCCCUAUUGGCGACGAGGACGAUGACGACAGCGACGAUAUCCAGCCGCAUCGCUCGGUGGUGUUUGAUGAUGAUAAUAACUUUACGCUCCAGUCCAUUGAGAUGCCGCGGCGGGCCAUUAGCGAGCAACCCGGGGGCCGGUUCUCGAUGGGCAGUACACGGAUGAGCGACUAUUUUAAUAUGAACGAUAUGCUGCAUAGCGAGGAUAUUGGCGUCGAUUCGGGAUUCUUUCCACCGACGGCGGUGUUGGAUGAUGGUAUCACGAUGGGGUUGGAGGAACUGCCAUCCCCUGAACGACUAGAUUCGGAUGACCGGCGUGACUUUGGUCGGGAAAGUGAUUUUGGCCUCGAGAUACCAGCCGGAGAGAUUAACGAGAGCACGUUCAUGAUUGCGCCCCAGGUUGAAGAAUCACCUGACCGACCCCAAGUUGACGACGACCAACCGAUGUAUGACGACUUUGCGCCCCUCGUUGACCAACGAAGCGACGACUUUGACGACGAAGAUCUCCUGGGAGAAGUCCCAGGCUUGGAAGACGAGGCCGUGAAAAGCCGAACAGCGGCACUGCAGGAUGAGACAGGGUUUGAAACAACAAAUAUUACGAGGGUCGAGGCGCGUGGGCCGGUGAAGAGAACCAUCAAAAUAUCGAAAUACGGCAUCGAAUAUCCUUCUCUGCCGCCAGCAGUCGUAAAACGGCUCGCCCAGAACUUCGCAAAGGCCGGUGGAAUCAAGGGGAAGAUCACGCCGGAUGCCAUGAAGUCCAUCAUGCAGGCUUCGGAUUGGUUUUUCGAACAGAUGAGCGAGGAUCUCCAAGCCUACGCGAAACACGCCGGCCGCAAAACCAUUGAUGAGAGCGACGUGCUCACCCUAAUGAAGAGACAGCGUCAGAUCAAUCCAAAUACUACACCAUUCGCGCUUGCACAACGCAACCUCCCUAGAGAGUUGCUGCAAGAGUUGCGAAUGCCACCACCGGUCAUCCCAAAGAAACGGCGCAAAAUCAAGGGUGUGGAUGAUGACGACGUCACUUGA